ACAAGCUAUGGUGGUCUAAUAUUUAUGAAAAAAGAAAACUUUGACUGUCAUAAAAUCAGUGUAAAGCUUAAAGUUUAUCUAAUUAUUGUUUUAUUAGUACGUUGCAUAAUGAAAAUCACCUGUUAGUUAUUUUAGUCACCUCGAGUAUUAUAUUUAUACGAUGAUUGUAGAGUAAUAUUAAAAGUUGUGUUUGUCUCACAGUAAUUUUAACAUAUAUGAAUAACCAUGGCAUAGUGUUGUAAUAUAAGCUGCAAAAAAAUCAAACAAACAUGCUUUACGUGUUCCAUGUAGAUGCUGGUCUGAUGACCACAUAUGAUAUGAACCUGACCUUACAGAGUGUGGCCAGCUUAAAGGCUGCCAUAGAGAGGAAGACCAAAAUCCCAGCAUCAUCUCUUGUACUUCUUGUAAGUGGAGGGGAGGUUCUUCAGUCGGAUCACAUGGUGUCCUCCUACAGUGCUGGCACUGACACCAAUCCAAUAUACAUGUUUAGCAAACCUUCAGUAAAGGAAAGCCACAUAAAUAAACAAUCUAUGUGUGACCUUAGUCCAAUAAUGGAACUGGAGAGUACAGGGGAGUUCAGAAGUGAUACCCGCAGUGCAUUUGAGGGCAAAUCGGUAGCUGAGCUUAAGAGCGCUGUUGACAAGUGUUGCUCCUCAUUACCUAAUGUGCAUACUGUGAUAUCCUGUGCAACUUUAGCGGAACAGUUUAGUGAACUGGCACACGAAGUGUCCAAGAGUUGUGAUCAACUUGUACACGAACAACAUUUACAGCAUCAGGGAUGGGCAGCAGUUGUUGCCAACUUGGAGGACAUAUAUACGGAAUAUUGCGAAAGAUCAACUAGUUUCAAGGAAUCUUUCAAAAAACAGCGGCAAAAAAAGGAAGACUAUCACGAAAAAUUAAAUACAUUGAAUGAUGUGUUACGAUCUUUGGGGAAGAUCCAAAUACUACCUGUUCUUCAGUUAAAUGCUGAAGCGCACAGGUUCUCCGGUUUCGAUGUGUUUGAGGAGACAGAGUUUGAAGGCCAUCAUUACAAGUUUAGCCAACCCUUGGACAGCAGUUCAGAGAACAGAACAGCAGAUUUUGGAACUGGAGUUUUCAAGUUAUCUGAGGAGGAUGUGUUUGAACAAAGACACGCUUCGACCAGCCACGAAGGUGCGACAUCCUCGGAAGCAGGUCAGCCGGUGGAGGAGCCUGGCGAGGGAGAGUCAUUCAAGGUGGCAUCCUGCGAGAGUAAGAAGGAGUUCAGCCUGCUGCACUGGAUACUGGCGCAGGGGAAUGAGGACUCCUUGCAAGAUAUACUGGAUUACUGUCAGAAGGGAUUGGCCUUGAUUGAUUCGGAGCCCCUAAAAGAGCGCGAAGAGGAAUUGUACCACAUACUGGAAUAUGCGAACGUGCACGGCCUCAAACAGAUCAAGGGCAUCGAAGACCGCCUGUAUGGACUCGAUCAGCUGAAAAGCGAAGUCAAAAGAAUAGAACGAGAUCAACACAAGCAAGCGGCUUCUCUUAUUCAGUAUCGGGAUCGUUUAAAUUCGGCUUGCGAUCCGUCCGUUCUGCCCACGCUCAUGGAGUCUCAUCGCUGUCAACUGGACAAACUGUUGGAGGGACAUCAAAUGUUGGUAGACAUUAGACGACGCAUCGCCAAGUCCAAGGACGAACUGUCACAUAUAUUGAAAGCUAGACUGGAGGCGGUGCUGCUGAUCGAGAACUCGAUGUCGGUGCAGGAUGCGCACGCGAUGCUGUCGUUCCAGUGCUUCAACCGGCUGGCGCGGUACUUCGGCAUCGUGGCGCAGCUGCACCGCGCGCCCGCCGUCUACGUGCGCGCCGUGCACGAGGUGGUGCGCCGGCGGACCUUCUCGCAGGCGCAUCUCACGUGGGCAACAGAUUUGGCAGAAAAGCUUUACAAAAUUCACGAAGAGGAAGUAAAUCGCCGCCAAGAGUUCAAUUCACAUUUCGACGAUCACUUCCUCAAGAGUCUGUUCCCCGGCAUGACGGACCUGCCGCCGCCGUUCGCGACGCAGGCGCCACCGGCGUUCGACGUCAAACUGCCGAAACUCACUAACGAAGAUGUAGAAUUUAUAUCGAAAGCUUUUCCGGAUCUUGCAAGCGAAAUACUUAAAUAUGACAUGGAUGCGCCUGUGAAAUUCUUCCAACAGAGACUAAGUUCGUCAGAUCACGAAGAAAAAGAUGCCGAUGUUCAAGUUGAUUUCGAAAAGGACUUUGAAUCUGAAACAGAAACAGAUUUUGAGAAGCUAAGCAGACAGAGCGGCUCCCAUAAGACGAAAAUGGACAUUUCGACGAGUUGUGUCCCCUCAACCAUGGCUGUGUCCACCGUGACUGAGGAUAACAUGGAAACAUAUAAAGUGAACAUCGAAAAAUUGCAAGAGUUUUUAGGAAAAGUUUUCAGUUUGUGCAAAAUAAAUAUAGUUUUAAUAAAAGAAGAGCUUGUUAAACUUAAGAUAGAAAUUGAAGAGCAAAAGAAGUUUGUUCGUACGAAAUAUAUAGAAAUCACUGAGGCUUGGAAAAGGAAUUGUGAUGAAACAGAGAUGAGGUUUCGCGAGCAAACGCAGAGGUUGACAGUGGAUCACGAAUUAGAAUUAAGUGACAUGAAAGCAUCUUUAAGCGACAAAGAUGAUUCAAUAAGUUUAUUAAAGACAGAGAAAGAGGAAUUAAUAUUAGCUCAUAGGAAAGAAAUAGAAAAAUUAGAAGGCGAUCAUCAACAGACGAAAGAUUUGCUUGAAAAAACUCGAGAGGAAUUAACGGAGUUCGACAAAAAGCUUAAAGAUUUUGAAAUUCAGAAGCAGAAAGAGUUUAAAGAAGUGCAGGAGAAAAUGCACCUGGAGUACAAAGCAGAAAUUGAAUCACUAAGAUCAAGGUUCCGAUUAGUAGCUUUAACAAACAAUAUGGACCGUUCGCCAUCAGAGUCUAGUCUGGAGAAAAUAGAGAGAACAGACGUGAUAGAAAUAAGCAACCACAACGCUAUUGUGAUGCAGACGAAGGAAAACGCUGAAGUGGAAAAGGAGGAAGCUGUCAAACAGGCAACUGAAAAGUGUAAAACAGAGUGGGAACAGAAGUUGAAUGCCGAGAUAUCGUUAUUGAAGGCGAAGUACGAGGCGGAAAAAGAGGUGACAAUAACUGAAGUAACAAGAAGGCUGCUAUCAGAGAAGGACCGGCAGCUAGAGUUGCUACGGGAGCGCGAACACGCGUUGACGCGCGAGUGUAACAAGUAUCGCGAGACUAUACAGCAAUUGGCGGAUCCCGAAACCAACGAAUUCGACAAUUUACUAAAAACUCAGCUUGCAACAUUUGAAAACGAAAAAGCACUAAUUCAGCAACAAGUUGCUGAUUUGAAAAAGGAGCUGGACAAGAAAAAUGACGAAGCGGAGAUGAGCAGAGAGGAUAACAGUGAUGGCAAAUCAUCGCCAAAGAAGAAGGAAGGCAAGCGUUCGCGGACACGAUGUCACAGUCACACCCCCUUGGGUCUGGCGGCUGGUACAUUAAGUCUGUCGUCAUGUCUACCGGGGCACACGGUACUCGUGUUGUGGGAUCCUUCGCAUUUGUACUAUACGGUUUUGCAGGAAGCGUCGAUAAUGUACUUCGUGCACAGCGAUUGUCUCGCCGCCCUCGACCUUAGCAUACAAGUGAAGAAAGAAAGUGAACGGCGACUCUACGCGGUAGCUACUGUCGAGUCGAAAGAAUACUGCUAUGCUAGGAAGAACGGGAACAGGUUUAAGAUGCCCCGCGGUUCUCGCUUUUACCGAGUGUUCCUGAAGCCUUUGAAGCCGCACCCCCCUCAUCCGCCGUGCUGUGAUCAGCGCCACAAACAGGAUGCAAUGCCGGGCAGCGUGCUGUCCAUGCUCGGCGGCUCGCGCCCGCUCAAGAAAUGGUUGACCUACAUGCAUGCUCCAGAUUCACAAAAAUCAGUGGACACAAGUCAGUCUACGAGUUCGAACACAGACGAAGCGAGUCGGGUGGAGGUGGCCACUGCAACUUUAAUUAAUCUAGAGUCCCCUGUGUCCACGUGCGAGGGUGCCGCGCCCGCCGUGCCCUCGGAGGACCAGCUCGACUCCAUCGAGGCGAGCGAACAGUGGCAGGUUGCGAGGUUGCAGUCGUCCUCCACGAGUGCUGUCACUGACAUGGAGUGCAGCGUUGGGCGGUGUCCGGGCCCCGAGCCGUUGGAGCUGGCGUUGGGCGGCGCGCCGGGCCCCGAGCUGGCCGAGGAGGCGACCCCCUGACCCCUGCCGCCGCCCGCACACCCCGCGACCCCCUGCGCCGACGAGUGAGACACGCUUCCGUUACACAUACAAAGACUGCUGUCUGUCAUUAUGUACAUCAACCAAUUCAUUUUGAAUGAUAUUAUGAUUUUGUUCUAUAGUGAUAUUUGACGGAUCAAGCAGAUGGCUCUUCUGAUUAAAACUGGGAAGUUAUCGACUAUAAAAAGAGCUACACUUUGAGGUCCGUUUAUAUCUACAGACACAGUGCGUCACAGACAAGUAGCGUGGCAGACACCCACAGACACCGUCUAUUCACUACUAGAGACACAUUCCUUUUCAUGAAAGAAGACCCCCAGACGCGGCGCUAAUUUCACUCAUUGUCGUUUGGCAAUGGCGGUCUUAUUGUCAUUUAUGUAAGGCGCUGUCAAUUUUAGUUCAGGUUUCAUGAAAAGGACUCUACAGACAUGAAUUUCACGGACAAAAUAUUCUUUCCGCGAAUACUGGCCGGGCGCGGCCCGUGUCUGUCAACGUUGCGCGGCCGCGUUACGAUAGAUAAUAAACACUGUAUAGAAGAAUAUUAUUUUGUCUGCCACAGCACGUGUCUGGCACGCUAAAUGUCUGUAGAUAUAAACGGACCUUUAUUCGUUGUCUGUAGUUAUUGAAAAAUCGAAAUUCCAGUGGCUUAAAAGUGCUGCUUCGAGGCUGGCGGUAGUGCUUCCCCGGACAUGCUUUGUCACAAAAAGCUCUUAUACUAAAUAAAAGAAAGAAAAGAAUCACCGUGGAAUUCGCUAUACAUAUACAAAUCAUUGUUAAUAUACUUAUACAAAUAUUAUGUACUAUUAGAUAUGUUACUAGCGCGUUGAAAGUAUGGCGAACAGAGGUGGCUAAUUGUCUUAAUUUCAUUAAGUCGUAUAGGAAACAACGAAAGUUAUUUAACCAAAUAAUACCUUAAUAUUAUAUACAAUGUCGACUUGUGUGUUUGGGAAGUGUAAAAAUUAUUUAUACAUAAAUAUAUAAUGUAUAUAAACACAAAAUUGUUCGUGUGCGCUGUGUGGAGCAGCUAAAUUGGGAUUACUUUUUGCGGUGGUUUUGUUGGCACGUAACAUAUCUAUAGUAUAAAAUAUCAUUGUACUCAAUACUUGAUGUAUGUAUUAGACAGAUGGCAGCUUAAAAGUCCCUACACACUAGCGUUUCUCUAGCGUAGUUAUGCGAAAUGCUUACAAAAACAGCAUUGUUAAGGGUCCUUCCACACUGCAAUUACAAACGUGUCAAACGAAAUUUUGUAUAGCAUUGUCUCAUGUUUCAAAAUAAUAUUUAUUAAUUUUGUAUAUAUUAUGUUUUAAUAUUUUUUUUUAUCAUUUGACGUAUUGCUAGAUUCUUGAUAAAAAAUUAGCAAUUAUAUGUACAAUGCCAAAAGGGGUUUUUAUUUAAUAUGAAUAAUAAAUUAAAAUUAUUUUGUGUUUCAAUUAUUUCUUAAAAUAUUUACUUUAAUCGAUCAUCAAUAAAAUGAAAUAGGUGGCAGUGUGUGAAGGUCUUAUUAAUAUUUAAAAGGCCACAAUACCAAUAAUAAAUAUAUUAUUAUAUCAAUGUUAUAUGUCACAUUAAUGUAUAAGCCGAAUUAUGUUAAACACACGCAGAAUGAUAUGACUGCUCGCCUUUGAUGCAUUAUGUCGUAGUCGGUUGGCACGCUGGCACGAUACGUCUCGCUUGUGCGGUGAGCAGAAAAUAAUUACGAAAUGAACGGGAAAUAAGUGAGAAAUUAUAAAAAUAUUUAAUUAUAAAUAAGCGAGAAAUGACGAUAACACGAAUGCGAGAACAUUUAAUUCUAUAUAAGCGUGAUUUAUGUUGGCCAAGGGGUCCGCGACUUUGCAAAUAUAAAGCAAAAAAUAAAUGUAAAUAAUGCAAAAAAUAAAUGUAAAUAAUUAUUUCUGUUGUAAAUGUAAAUAUUGACAGAUGUAUAAGCCCAAAACACACAAUUGACCAAUGGCGGCGGAGUAGUCCCAGUAUCGGCAUUUUCGUCCCAACACAAGGAAAGAGAUAGCGGUAUUUCCAAUUGCACGCCAUUGGUUGAAAGGAGGUCGGUCAUAUUUAACCUGAAAAUCGCACGCAUUUUUGAAUACUAUGUGAAAAAAUAGUUCAUUGUUGGAAGAUUAAAGUAUAUCUAUAAUAAUUUGUUUUUGCAGCAGUUUAAAUAAAAGAUAAUUAUUUUAAAAUGCCUAUAAAAUCCUUUACUUUAUUUUAUUAAACUUUUUGACGUUUAUACAAGAUAUUGAUAAAACGUUAUCUAUGUUAUUUGUGGACAUGGAAUAUUACUGUCUGGUCAAAGUUUGUAUGAAAGUGGCCGACGACCUUAUAGUAGGGGAGUCUGGGAUGCUAAAUUUGCAGUUACAUUUAGUAGAUUAAAUCAUAGGAUUAAAUUACAUUUUUUUUGCUUUCGCUUUUAGUAUAUCUGAAGUUGGUUUUUUUUGGUUGCCUUAAUACCCAGCCUUACCUAGCUAUAUUAAGGGCUCAUACUUGGUGGAGAUAAUCAACAACGUGCAAGGUAUACUCCCUUAUGUUCAUCUGCCGCGCUCGAGUAACUGCGAACAUUCCCUCUUCGGCUCCCCUACUAUUUGUCUAUAUCUUUUCUCGAGAUUACCUCGUUGGUCGCAUGUUAGCGCCACAGGUAAAAAUGCAGUCAACUUUGUUGUGAAUUAAAAGCGGUCACUUCAAAGCAUAAAUUCUAAAUUCGCGAUUUACUUCCCCUCCCCCAAACCGCCACCGCUCCCCGGUAUCGUCCCAGCGUGUCAUCCGUCUUAGUGUAAAACUUAUUUAAGAUGUGAUAGUACGCCAAUUUGCGAUGUUGAAAGUGAUCUUGAUUGUGUGAUGUUAUAUUGGUAGACUAGACCAAUGCAAUAUUAUAUAAACUAAGGAAUCGGUGAUAUUUUUCAUUUGUUCGGAUACGAUUCGGUCGAGUGUGAGGGAAAUGCUAUGUGCGCAUGACCUUUGUAAAAUUUUGAAUUCAUUUUAAUAUUAUGACUUACGGUCAAUACUUUACGGGCAAAUUGUUUAAUGACGUACUUUUCAUAAUGUCCCAGCAUAACGGUGGGCUAGAUGAAUAUAUUUCAUGACUUUGCUGAAGUUAAUAGGUGCAAUCGUUUAGUGUUUUUUUUGUGCCCAAACACCAUCAGCUGUGUUCUUAGGGAUAUUCAUAGAAUAUUCAUAAAAUUUUGGAGAUAUACAUAGAAAUGCUCUCGUAUGAAAUUCGUAUCAAAAUGAAUGUACCAUGCACUGAAGUGCAUUUUGCAUGAACCAGUUCAAAUUGCCAUUCAUAUUUUAUAUUGCAGAUGCAUUGCAGGGGCAUUAUGAAAGAUGCUUGAUGAGUCAAUCUUGCCACAAUUAAGUAUAUCAAAGACCGUCAAAAUUAUUUUAAUCUUUAUCAAAAUACUUAUUUCCACCUAAUUGAAGUCUUCCAUGGUUUUAACGACAUGGAACGCAGUAUUUCAAAAUUUGUCUUUUUUGACAAGUAUUUUUCGUAUAGAUAUUGCGGAACUGUUAAUGGAUAUUUUUAAAGUUUCGUAUAUCAGGUGUCAAUGAAUUUAGGGUGUAAAUUGUAAUUAUUUUUUUCUUCUGUAAAUUGUUAAAUUGGAUGUACUAAGGUAACUCGUUAAGUUGUCGAUUAUAUUAUGUUUUCGGUUAAAUGAAACCGAAGUGUAGUGCUACGAACUUAUCUGACCCGGUGGCCAAACGGCGGGGUUACGAUAUUUUAACGAAAAACUGGUAUUUACGUAAUUUCGUUGAAAUAAUCAUAUUUGAAUGUGAAUGGUGAAUUUAAAAACAAAAAAUCAGUGCCACUUGAUGUAAAAUGGCGUAGUCAAGGUCAUUUCGUUGAAAUAACUAUGUUAGAAGAUCACAAAAAUUAAAAUACAACGGUAAACGAUGUAGUAACUCAUUAUUUGAAUGGUACACCAAAAUACAUAAUAGGCCCGCAGAUAAGUUUGUGGCACUAUAGGCAUACCAUGCGUCUACGACAUCUCUUGAAGAGAAAAUGACAUAUUGUCCAUUAGCGACAGAGUUAAACUAUCGCUGUCUCUUUCAAGAAAAGAGAUAGCGAUGUUUUCGAUUCUGUUGAUAUUCGUCGACAUUUGUCUUUCUCUCGUCUCCAAUUAAUAAGCCGUUGUCUUAGGCUGAUGGUGACGCAGAUUGUCUUCAGUUCGAAUUGUGUACGUGAUUAUUUUCUUAAUAGUACAAAUUUAUUAAUAGUCUUUUUACUAAGCUUUACUUGGAUUGUUUUGCGGUUGACUUUUCGUUAAAUUAAAUUUUUGUCUUAUCGUGUUGUGGUUUAUUUUGUCUAAACUUAGUUUCGUACGUAGUGAGUUUUACACAGGUCAAUCUAUUCAUAUUUUCUU